UUUACAAAGAUGGCAAAGACUUUUAAUUUGGACAAUUCAAUACCAAGGGAGAUUGAAGAUGUGGCUGUGCAAGUUAUUCAGCAUAAAAUUGCCAAUUCCAGAAAUCCAAUUAAAAGCAUUGAAUUCAAGACAGGUGGAUCCAGGCCAUUAGUCUUGACAUCUACUCCAAAAGGAAUUAAAGAAAAUGUUAGUCGCCGUCACUUGAGAAGAAGAACAAAAUUCCUUCACGACCAAAUCUUCACGGCAGCUGGAUCGACAAAAUUUUCCUUGUUAGGGCAGACUUCUGCCUUGGUAAAGCGCUUUCCUCAGGCAGAACGGGAGACAAUUUUGAAGGAAGCACAAUUAUCUUCUGCAACAAUAACUUCUGAAGCAAUGGUUGCUUUAAAAGCAGAUAUGGGUGUGCCCUGGGAGAAGAUGAAAACAAUGGCCAGGUGGUUGAAGACUUUCAACAUACAACCAGCUUCACAAGCCAGGCAAAGGCAAGUUGCAAAAAAUUGGUACGGUGAAAACUUAAAAGUUGAAGUUGCCCCAUUCCGCUUCGAGGCUAAGGACCAGAAAGGGGUAUAUGUAAUCCUACCCGCUCCUUGGUGUUAUGUUGAUGAUUUGCCAACACACUUUUAUGAACAUAUGGACAAACUGGCUGAAAAUUCCAUGCUGCUAGAGAGACAAGCUUUUAAAGAUGAAAUCCAUCUAAAGAUAGGAGGUGACCAUGGUGGUGGCUCUUUUAAAAUGUCUUAUCAACCAUGUAAUGUCACAAAACCAAACAGUAAAGACAAUACUGUUGUUUUCAGUGCUUUUGAGGCUAAAGAUUCUUCAACAAACCUGAAAGUUGCAUUAUUAAAAUUCAAGGCACAAGUUGAUAUUCUUCAAAAAGCAACAUGGCAGGGAAGAAAUAUACGUGUAUUUUUUUUUGGAGAUUACGCUUUUCUCUGUACAGCAUAUGGAAUUACAGAAGCAUCAGGACGACAUUGCUGUUUAUUUUGUACAAUUACAAAGGAAGAUAUACAAAAGCCUGUUAAGGAUCAAGGGCAAUUUGAACAAAGGACACUGGAAUCCUUGGCAUAUGACCUUAAAAGGUUUAGAGACAGUGGGGGAAACAUAAAAAAUGCAAAAAACUUUAACAAUGUGAUAGAUGAUGUUAUGUUCAACAUUCCUAUUGACCAAGUUGCCAUUCCAGUGCUUCAUAUCUCCCUGGGGACAUACCUAAAAUUUUUCAGAAUGUUGGAAGAUGAAUGUCAUUUGUUGGACAUUAGAAUAGCUGCAUCUGAACAAAUAAAAGAUACAGGUGAUAUAGACAGACUGGUUGAGACUAGACAAAAGAUAGAAAAUUUAAAAUAUGUUUGUGAGGAUUGUGAGGAGAAAAUUGGCCUGGUACAUGAUGCAAUUGAAACUGCAAUUAUCAAAGACCCAGACAACGAGACUGAGAUUAGAAUGAUAUAUGAACCAAGGUUAAAGUAUCUUAAUAACAGAAUUUCAGAAAGGUUAAAGGAGAUUGAUGCUCUGGAAAAUGGCUCCUUUAAACUUGAAAAGGGGGAUAGAAUGCUGGUAAAAAAGCUUGACGAAACCUUGAAAAGGUUAAAUGUGGAGAGGCAAGCAUACCAUGGUCAGUCGUUUAUUGGUAACCAUGUACACAAAAUGCUCAAGGUUGGUAACAUAAUAGAAUUGUGUAAUGCAAUACCCCUCAUGGUAUACAAUGUACCUGGCCUUGCAGGCACAAACAUUCACAAAGGAGCUGUGGAAUUAUCAGCCAAAUACAAGUUGUUAUUCUAUAAAUAUAGUAUGUGCCACAACGCAAUGAAUUCCUGUCAAGAAUUCAACAAAGAAAAGUUAUCGUCCUUAGAUAAAGCUAUCAAGGAUUUGAUGUUGUACUUCCGGACAAAAUUUCCAAAAGCACCUGUGACUCCAAAACUUCACUUGCUGGAAAAACAUGUUGUUGGGUUUAUUGAGAAGUGGGGUGUUGGGCUUGGCCUAUAUAGCGAGCAGGGUGGUGAAAGUAUUCAUGCUGAGUUCAACAAUCUUCGACGUACCUACUGCAUGAUGAAGCCAGACAGCAAAAGGUUACUUUCAAUGAUGAAGGAACAUCACUUGCGCAUCCAUCCUGAAGUACAGGGAAUAAGGCCCGUGAUUAAAAGAAGGAAAAUUGUCCAGGAAUAA